CUCCAACUGAUCUUACUAUUAAAUCAUUACCAAUGUCACGUACGGACGGGUCACCACGGUCCCGGCUCAACUAUGCAUCGUUCAACCAUGCGCAACUUCUAAGUCCAGAAUCUGAUAAAGCCAGUUCGAGUGAGGAAGACUCCGACGAUGAUUAUGCGUAUGGGUAUGAUUCUGAUGGGAACCCCCAACCAAUGAGAACGUUGAAGAUCAAGAAGAAUCGAUUCAGCGUGUUGAAGAAAUUGAGGUUACGAUCUUUCAGGAAAAGUAAACGCUUUUGGGUAUACACAAUAUUUGCAUUAUUUAUAAUCUACGAGAUAUUUAGGCUAUAUGUUGGGUCUGAAUAUAUAGUACUACCAGAGGAUGUGGAGCUAGAUAGGCCGAAUGAGUUUCUUCGGAACAAGAAACAGCUGGUCAGUGGUCUGAAUAUCAAGUCAUCAAUCGACGAACCAUUUCAAUUUGGAUGUGGUAUCCCGGAUACCAAAGCCCCUCGGGCUAGUGCAGCAUUUGUCAUGUUAGCGAGAAAUUCUGAGAUUGAAGAUGUUAUAAAAUCAAUGAAGUCUUUAGAAAGGCAUUUCAACCAGUGGUACAAUUAUCCAUGGGUUUUUCUAAACGAACAGCCAUUCACUGAUGAUUUUAAAGAAACCGUGGCUAAGUAUACUAAUUCUCAAGUUGAGUUUGGGUUUAUUGAACCAGAACAAUGGGAAUUUGAUAAACUGAUCGAUCGAGGUGAAUUCUACGAGUUUAUAGAAAGCCAAGGAGAUCGUACGAUAAUGUAUGGGAAUUUAGAAUCAUAUCAUAAAAUGUGUCGAUUUUAUUCGGGAUUUUUCUAUAAACAUGAGUUAGUUAAAAAGAGAGAUUGGUACUGGAGAGUGGAACCAGACGUUGAAUUUUUCUGUGAUUUGACUUACGAUCCAUUCAUUGAAAUGGAGAAAAGAAAUAAAAAGUAUGGAUUUAAUGUAUUGAUUGAUGAGUUGUACUAUACUAUACCGGGCUUAUUCAAAGAAACCCGGGCUUAUAUACGGAAUAAGGGAAUCAAAGUGAAAGAUACUUGGGAAUUAUUUAUUGAUGAUUCCAAACACGUUAAGGGGAAGCAUGAACAAGAUUACGAUGGAAUCAGAGGGUUCAAACGAAUCUUGAGAAGGAUAGAAUCGAAUAUAUAUAUCAAACGUAUAAUACAAACCAAGAAAAAGUCAGAUCAAUGGUUAAAUAAAUUGAGUCCCCAAAUAUUGGAGGAACUUUUUGAUAGAGUGACUGAUCGUCCUGGGAUCAAUUUGGAUAGAUUUGACCGAGAAGAGUAUAAUUUAUGUCAUUUUUGGUCCAAUUUUGAAAUUGCUCGAACCGAUUUAUUUAAUUCCAAAACCUACGAAGAGUAUUUCAAACACUUGGAGAAAAGUGGUGGUUUCUAUAAAGAAAGAUGGGGCGACGCCCCGAUCCACUCAUUAGGAGUGGCAAUGUUAUUAUCGAAAGAAGAAAUCCAUUAUUUUAGAGAUAUUGGAUACAAACAUAGUACUUUAGGACAUUGUCCUAAUAAUUCUCCCUCGAAUCAAUUAAAAUAUGAAGCGCAAGAUCCAAUUUUGGGGAAAGAUGAAUUCGGAAUCUUCAGUAAGCGAACCCCCGAUAAACCAAUCAAAAACGGAGUUGGAUGUAGAUGUAGGUGUCCACUGAAUAUGAAAGAAAUUGAAAAUCUGGGAUCAAGUUGUAUUAAGAAUUGGGCAAAAUUCACCGGUGAUAAUUAUAGACAAAAACAGCCAUUAGAUUUAGACUACUGGGAAAAAGAAAUGGAGAGAAAAAUCAAUAAAAACCUUGCCACCGGUGGUAAUAUUGGUGAUAACUUAGUUGAUGACAUAGUUAAUAACUUAGAAUAGCCUACAAUUCAGC